AACCGUGCCGAAGUCUGGGUUUUUGAUAUUGCAGGGCCUAGUAUUACCAAACCAGUUGUAGAGCCACACAGACUUGUUAUACUUGACCAUCCUAUAUUUUGCAAGCCAUUUAACCGGUACCUAGUUGAGAUAUCCAAUGCACUAUUUAUUGUUACUAGAUCCUUCGGUGAGAAGGAGAAGACAAAUCCGGAUGCUCCUAAUGGUAUUGGCUGUUAUUACACUGCUAAAUUUAAAGUAUAUCAACUAGAUGUAAGCAAAUCUACAUUGAACGAGGUUAUCACUUUGGGAGAAUCAUCCGUUUUCUUGGGCCGCAGUGGAUCAAUGUCUAUCGACUCCUCUAGGUUUACUGGAGUCAAGCCUAAUCGUAUAUAUUUUAUUGAUGAUAUGAUGGAUCAAUACAGGUUCUGUGAAGGUGGCGGUGGUGGAAGAGAUAUGGGGGCUUACAAUCUUGAAGAUGGAAGCUUUGAAUCUUUUUAUCCUGGAUUGUCACUGAGUCCUAUUUGCCGGCCAACUUGGAUAACACCAUCUUUCUGA